AUGGCGUGCAAGUCCAGCUGCAGCCUCCUCCUCUUGGCCGCCGUCCUGCUCUCCGUCUUGGCCGCUGCUUCCGCCUCCGGCAGCUGCGUCCCAGGGGUGGCUUUUCGGACCAAUCUUCUGCCACACUGCCGCGACUAUGUGUUACAACAAACUUGUGGCACCUUCACCCCUGGGUCAAAGUUACCCGAAUGGAUGACAUCUGCGUCGAUAUACUCCCCUGGGAAACCGUACCUCGCCAAGUUGUAUUGCUGCCAGGAGCUCGCAGAAAUUUCUCAGCAGUGCCGGUGCGAGGCGCUGCGCUACUUCAUAGCGUUGCCGGUACCGUCUCAGCCUGUGGACCCGAGGUCCGGCAAUGUUGGUGAGAGCGGCCUCAUCGAUCUGCCCGGAUGCCCCAGGGAGAUGCAAUGGGACUUCGUCAGAUUACUCGUCGCCCCGGGGCAGUGCAACUUGGCGACCAUUCACAAUGUUCGAUACUGCCCCGCCGUGGAACAGCCUCUGUGGAUCUAG